GUUUAUAAAAGCGAUAUUUAUCAGUAACAUAUUUUUUGUUCUGUCUCAUUUAAGGAAGAAUCUGUCUCACAGAGCCUGAUAGGAACUGCCCCGUUUCUCUUUGUAUAUGUGUGUGUGUAUGUGUGUGUGUGUGUGUGUGUGUACGGGUUUGUUUGACAAAGACUGGAGGACAGCCCAUCUCCCAGAUACUGCACACUCAGAAAGAGAGAGAGAGAGACUUGUUACACUCCUCCUCAGGGAUUUGCUUCUCCCCAGGGGGGCUGAGGGAACGGACCUGCUGCCCACACUGCUGAAUGCGAGAGACAGGAAGAGAGGAGUGAAUGGCAGGGCAGAAUAAACGAGUGAGGAGUAAGAGGCUGGGGUCAUUUGACGGGGUUUAGUUUCCGCUGGCAUCGAGCAUGCCUCGCUGGCAGGUUCUGGCCAUCGGUGCUACCUGCGUACUGAUCUGCUUCCAAACGGACUCGGUGGUGGCGGAGGAGCCACUCCUUCGAGCUCUAGCUUUAGGCCGGAGGCAGCGCCUGCCCCAGCCCGCGCCGCUCACUCAGCCAUGGGGCCGGUCUGCUGUAAACCGGACAGACUGAAGAAACAACAUCUCCAAGGCGGAACAGGAGAGAAGGAUCGGGCACCCAUCAGCCAUGAAUCCUUCCUGCUCAUGGCAAACUCCCAGAGCGAUAUGGACGACUGGGUCAAGGCCAUACGGCGGGUCAUCUGGGCACCAUUUGGAGGAGGGAUAUUUGGCCAGCGUCUAGAGGACACAGUGCAGUACGAGAAGAAGUUUGGCCCCCGCCUUGCACCCCUGCUGGUUGAGCAGUGUGUGGACUUUAUCAGAGAGAGGGGUCUGGAUGAGGAAGGUCUCUUUCGAAUGCCAGGACAGGCCAACCUGGUCAGGGAGCUGCAGGAGGCCUUCGACUGUGGGGACAAGCCCCUGUUUGACAGUAACACAGACGUCCACACAGUGGCAUCCUUGCUGAAGUUGUACCUGCGAGAGCUGCCCGAACCAGUUAUCCCCUUCUCCAAAUAUGAAGACUUUCUAACCUGUGCGCAGCUUUUGGCCAAAGAUGAGGAGGAGGGAGUCCAGGAGCUUGGAAAGCAAGUUAGCACUCUACCUCUACCGAACUACAACCUCCUCAAGUACAUAUGCAAAUUCCUUGAUGAGGUCCAGUCCCACUGUAAUGAGAACAAGAUGAGUGUCCAGAACCUUGCCACAGUAUUUGGACCUAACAUCCUUAGACCGAAGAUGGAGGACCCAGUCACAAUCAUGGAAGGAACUUCUCUUGUCCAGCACCUGAUGACAGUCCUGAUCAGGGAACACAACCGUUUGUACUCAGGGAGGGAACAGGAGGGGCCAGCUCUACCCCAAACUGAGAUCCCCAUCCAAGGGCAUCAUCUCCAACACCGCAGCCUGGGAGCCUGGAUCUCUGAAGAGGACCUUCAGAGUUGCCCCGUCUCCAACCCAGACCAAGAUCUGCACAGCAGUGCCUCAUCCCUGGAUGCCAAGCUGUGCGCAGCUGUCAGUCCCACUCAGACCCCUAACCCAAACCCUGGACCAAAACUUGGGUCUUCAUCGGGAAAGAGUGAGACGGUAAUCAGUCCGAGUAAACAAGCCAAGACCAUGCCUUCCUGGAAAUAUUCCUUCAAAAGCUCCUCAGCGCCUCGUUCCCAGCCGCAAGCUAAGCAAACCAGCAGCAGUGGCUCCGCAGCAGAUACAACCAGUCUGUCGUCUGGUGGUGGAGGAGGUGGAAGCAGUGGCAACUGGCUUAUGAACGGUUUGUCCUCCUUGAGGGGACACCGGCGCACAUCUUCAGGUGAACGGUCCACCCGUGACCGUGACUCCACCGGCUCCUCCCAGAGGCUGUCCACGUAUGACAACGUGACCUCCUCCUCUAGCAUGGGGAGCGUUCCAAGUGUAUCCAGCACACCGUGGUCCACGUCCUCCUGUGAAAUAUCUGUCCCAGACUCUGCAAGCGAGCCCCCGGUGCACCAGAACUGUGGAGGUGGGGUGGAAGGUGGAGAAAGCCACAGAGAGAUUAACAAGGAAAGGGACGGAGGGAUGACGACAGACGCGAGCUCCGAGCAGGACAGUUGCGAGGCCAUGGAGCUGUGCAGCAGCAGCGCAGCCUGCAGUGAAAAUGGAAACGUGGCCACGGCAGCCGGGGUGCCGUCCAUUAUCAUGUCCGAAGAUGGAGAUGGGGAAAAACUAACACUGAGCAGCCUGGUAGAGGGACUGAAAGACGAGCUGAGAAAACAGAAGACUACAUAUGAGGCCAGGAUCCAAAAAUUGGAAGAGUCUAGUGCUGCUCUGUGUGCCCAGAUGGAGCGUUUGGAACAGGAGAUGGAGCAGGAGAGGAAGAAGCAGCGCAUGCUGGAGAUAAAACUCAGAAACUCUGAGCGGGCACGGGAGGAUGCGGAGAAUCGCAACCGCCUCUUGGAAAAGGAAAUGGAGGAUUUUUUUGCCACGCUGGGCGAUCUGGCCCUCGGUGCAAGGACUAGUGACCUUUGAUACACGGCCUCUCAUCUGUCUCGGGGUGGGAGGGGCAUUUUGUGGUAUGGGUCCUAACUCAAAAUAAGACUGAAAAUAGAAAAUAAAGAAAACCUACUUGUGCACAUUCAGGAAAAGCUCAAUAGAAGCGUAGAGAUGACACAGAAAAUUCUGAAGGAAGUAAACUUUGACUGUUUUCCUUCUGAGGAUCAUCUCUACUAAACAGCAAGUGGUCCUGAUUUUGUUACGCAUGCUUCAAACUCAUUUUAAAAGAUGGCACUUCUGUGAUUACUGCGGAGGUCUGUCUUACAAAGGGAGUUCAGGUGCCUGGAUAUGAAUGGUGGAACAUAAUGUAACAUUUUAUGAAGUGGAGAGCACUGACUUCUUUAACCACUACUUUAAAAGGACAAUAACUGAAUGGAUUUUGUGUUAAAAGUGUGCAACUUAAGACAGUGGACUGCUGUUUAUCUGUAUGGGAUCUUAAAGCAAUAGCUUCACAUUUUGGGAAAUACAGUUAUUUGCUGUCUUGCAGAGAGUUAGAUGAGAAGUAUGAAACCAAUUUCAUGCCUGUAUGUCAAAGAAGGUGCUAAAGCUAGUAGCCAUUUAGCCUAGCUUAGGGGCACAAACACAAGGCUCUGGAACCACUGGUAAAGAGACAUUUUUUUAAAGAAUUUUUUUUAAGCUAUUAGGCUAUUGAUUAUAAAAUGCAAAAGCCUACUGGAAUUAUGAACACAGCUUCAUGGUGAUUGUUUCAAAGUAGGCGUGAACAUGCUAAUAGGUAGCUAAGAGAUAGAUAGCUAAUAUCUUAAAGAUAUUUUCUUACACUUCACAGUUAUUCUGCUUUGUUGAUGAUUUUAAAAAAGGGAAAGUAAUUAGUUUUUAUUAGAUCAGUUACAGUUAACUACAAUAAAAAUGUCAUUUUAGUAAUAAAAAUUUAAAACCAACAAAGAAUCAUUAAUAGACAAAAGCUAUUAUGCAUAGUAUGGUAAAAGACUUUAAUUUACACCUGUUAGUAAUAAGUCAUUUUACACGUAACAAGCGGUGUUUCCUUCAUCAUACACCUCAAAAAGCAUUUUGGCCCCAUACAUAGAUUUUUUGGUCAGAAAUUGCUAGAAAUGGCUCAUUUGAUAAAGGUAGCUCACCAAUUAGCCUAGCGUAACACAGGUUAAAAUGGUAGCUUAGUACUGCUUAUAUAUAAAAACUUCACUGACACUUGCAAAGCUAAUUGAUUAGCAUAUAUAAUUUCAUUUUCUGGGCACUUAAAAAACUAAAAUAUUAAGAAAAUAUUAGGUUGUGGUUUUCAUGCUAACCAGAGGUAGCUAUGUCUAGCUUUAAUAUGCAUAAUGGUAUUGGACUUUUUAGCUAAAACUUGGCAAGAAAGCAAAUAAACUUCCCAAAAUGUCAAACAGUGUCUUAUACUGCAGGGUCAGUUUAGGCUGUAGAGGAAGCUAGCAAACGCUUUUCUGUUUCAGAAUUUGAAAAUGUUAGUUUCUAAAAAAGAAAUGUAACUUUUACAAAUUGACCCUUUUUAAAUAUCAUUUUAAUCUUUUAAACACCAGACACUGAAAUUAUACUAGGUGGGUGCUGGCCAAAAUCCCAUUCAUGUACUGUAUAGCUUCAAAUCUGGGCAAAUGAAAGUUUUUGAGUAGCUUAUAACUUCUAAUUACGAGUAUUAUGUACUAUUUGGGUAAAAUGACUCCUUAACUACAGUGGUAGCUUUAGCAGGUUCAAUUUGUAUAUUGCAACACAAAGCCAGGUUUAAGAAAACUACUCUUUCCAAACAGUUUCUUUUCAGAGGGGGAAAAAAAAGCAAACGCAUUAACAGAUGGGACUUCUGCCAUAGCUCUUCUUUGUCCUCAGGCCCUUCCAGUGCCUCUCGUCACCAUCGACAUGGUUCCCAAACUCAUUUGAUGGCGAAGCCUCGAUCUUUGGUUCGCUCUGAUCCUCACUGAUGUCAACAUACCUUUAAUGUACAGAUAAUAUAACAGGGACAAUUCUUUUCAGCUUAGCACACGGGAUAUGUGCCUCAGUACAUGAAGGCCAUUUACAGUACACAGUAAAAUACCAAAGCUAGACCGCCUCAGCUGUUCGCUCACGAGAGAUCAGAAUGGCCUGCCUGGAAGCCACGUUGAUUUUGGCACAUGAAGCUGAACACUGCCCUCAAAGAAACAAUGGAGUUUCCUGGUUGUGCCUUCAGGGAAGCGUUUUGAACUAGGAAAAAUGUAGUGUUGCUUGCUUGUCCACAGAUGUGGUGCAUAUACUUCUCCAUAAUACAUGGCUUUUUUAAAAGACAUAUGGAACAAACUGCUGAUGCUGAUGAGUCCCUCGAAGGUGCCAAUUCUUGUGAAAGUGAAUUGUGAAUUGAAUGGAAGUUUUGCAUUAAGAAUGUAUCUUUAUAGUGAAUGUAAUGUGUUGUUGAUCAAGCCAGCCCGAUAGAAAAUUGUUAACAAUAGAGAAAGUAUCAAACUCACUGUAACACUCAAAUGUCUGCUCCCAAGAUGAGUGAGUACUACUGAGUUUUGUGAGAAUCUUCAGCAUCUUACCGUUAAUCAGAACAUCGAGAGGUGUAACUAGUAGUAGUCAAUCCCCGAAGGGCCCCUUAGGCAGUACAGUUAUAUGUGAAAGCGUGCUUUUGGUUGGGCAAUGUGACCAUUUUUUAAAGAGCUAAAAGACAGUGUUGUUAUAUUGACUUCAUUUGCACAUGUACACGCAGAACACGAUGGUCUAACUCGCUGAUUCCAACAGCCUUUUAUUUUUCUCUUAUGUAUGUCUCAUGACCAAGGUUAAAUGUUUGUUAUUGCUCUGCUGAUCAUCUAUGGUGCUUAUUUAUUAUGGAUUUCCACUAUUGUAACAAAUGGCCAUGUAUGGAAAUAAAAGUGACAAGGAUCACACACGGGACGGUGAUGAACCUGACCUACUGGAGUUUGUGAUCGGAAAACCUCAAUGAGAUAAACAUCUACAUAUUGUAGCCGUUAGUAAAUGUUUCUCAGUAAAUCUGGUGGUAAAAUUGUAAAAUUGGUUUGGACUACUUCAAGUACCAACUUUGGUUUCGUACCGGGAUGUAAAAAAUACUUUUUAAUGCUAUAAAGUUGGUUGUGUUAAUAUAGUAAGAGGAUUAACUUGAUUAUGGGGUCAGUCUCAAGUGGCCCCUAGAGGAACUGCUGUUUUUGGCAGUCCCCUGUCAGCUCCUGAGGGUAUCUUUCUUUUUUUUUGACCAAGAAUGUUAGCGUUACAGGUGAUAACUUAGCACUCCACCUUCUGUUCAAAUAUGGCCACUUUUGGCCGCAGAAUCAAAAUGGGUGUGGUCAAAUCCUGACACUGGCCUCCAAUGUUAUAUACAGUCUAAAGCAGCGGUCCCCACCACGGGGUGGUUUAUGUCCGACGAUAUUUUCACGGACCGGCCUUUAAGGUGUCGCGGACAAAUACAACAAAAUAAAACCAGUAACGGUACCAAAAAAAAGAGGAUUUAUUCAUAACACACAGGAAAAGACCCAGCGAAACUGAGUUAAUGAUAAAAAUGAUUUAAAAAAUAACGAUAAAAACCCUGAAAACCAUAAAUUUCACACCCGAGCUUCAACUCUCGCGGCCCGGGGAUUGGGGACUGCUGGUCUAAAGUUUUAGCCCAAAUAGCAGAUACUGGCUAAUAAUCAAUCCAAUACUGGCACACCUCACAAUCCUGUAAUACUUAAACUUUGAAUGAUAGAAUAAGCACAACACAGUAAGCAUAUUUUGAUCUCACAGAGAUAUUAAAGAAGUGGACCUAGUGAUGCUAACUGCCAUUCUUUCAGACUGGCAACAUAAAACAACUGCACGGUUACAAAAAGUAGAGUUUUCACUUUUUACCAAGUUUUUUAGUGGAUUUAUGAUGGCUGAUGAUCCCAUUCAGAGUAAAACGGUCCAGGAAGAUAAGUCUUAAGAUUCAGCUACUUUGGAAUAGAUAAGAUGCCAGGAUGUAGACGUGCAUGGUGUUUUUAGGUUCUCAUUCAGACCCAGCUCUUUGUCGAUGCCUAGCUUCUUAUUCAAAUACGGUCACUUUGGUUCACAAUAAAUAAACAAAAAACAAAAGAAGAUGGCAACUGCAAAAAAUACUAGUCACUGAUAGUUGACUUUUUUUGUUCUGUUUCCACAACUGACUGUUCACAUCCUUGUUUCAGGUCAUUUGGUCUAUGGCAGUUCCUUCCCAAUAACAUCACUCAGGCCAUUAAAAAAAUCAAACAAGCCAUGAGUGGUUGAUGACCAAGCUAUAGUCAUGAGUCUCAUCCUAGUAAGUAUACAGUAAAACUAAAUCUGAAUUUGGCCAUCAGUGCAUUUACAUUGGUCAUCACUUGUUACUCUUAACUGUACCUGCAAAAUAUCACAAAUAACGAAAACACACACACACAUACACAUCAAUACUUGUCCUUAGCUGAUGCUUAUAUCAUAACUGACCCAAACUGAUUGUCUCAACAGAAGCUACAUUUUAAUUGACAGGGUUUCAUGAAUGUUUGACAUGUGCGGUGAUGUUUAAGGACAACUACAUGAAUAAUUUUUUAUUAUUAUUGUCGUUACUGUUAUUAUGCUGCUUCACAGUUUGCUGGUCCUAAAAGAUACUUUAUGUAAUUACCCCCUGCAAAUCUUAAAUAAACCUUGCACCACCAGGGGGCAGUAUUUUACCAGGUGGUAUGUUGAAAUGUUUGUAUUUUUUUUUUUUAGCCCAAGACCACUUUCCGUAUCACCCUUUUCCAGGCGAAAUGUGUCUUUAAUGACUUUUACAGUUAAAUAAAGAUUACACUGAAUAUACAUAUUCUGUUGAUAGUUUUAGAUACUUCUGGGAGGAUUUAAAUGCAGGGAUUUAAAGCGAGUACCCUUAAGAACUGCAUCUGUCUUUAUUCACAGACAUAGACAUACAAUGAAUGAAUCAACGUGUAUUUGUUUUAUUUGCAGUAUAUUUUAUUUUUUUCAUUUUUUUUUUCAUUUUUGAGUUUUUAAGAGGUGGCAUCAUCAGAUCCCAAUGCAUGUAUUCUAGUAGUGCACUUCUUUGUGGGUUGCGUUUUUUUGGGUGUCGCAGAUCCAGGAAAUCUUAAAACUACUUGCAUGGCUGGAUUCACUAGCAAACAUUACAAACCAGCACCAUACAUAUAAUGAAUUCUCGUAGGUAUUGACUCAUUUUUUGUGUGUGUUUCUUAACAAUAUUAUUCUAACCAUGUCCCCAAAUCAAAAAUCUGUCACCCAUAUGUGAGUCAAAGAACUUUCGGUCUCUGCAUCAAACUCCAGGUGAAAGAUUUUGUUUGUUUCUUUGUUUUUUGACGGGUAAAGACCAAAUACGUAACAUUUUGACUAUAAACAAGUCACAGAAAUAAAAACUGAUCUUAUUCAUUAAAAAAAAAAAAA